UUCAGCGCAAUGAAAUUUUAAUUAAUGUGGGUGGGCUGAGAACACCACCGACUGUUUAUGAUGGACAAUUUAUUUCCCAGUGCAAAGUCAACAUAACACAGCAAACGUACAACAAUUAUUAACAUUUUUUCUGGGGCCCUCAUGAGGCUGCGGAGUCAGUCAGAGGAGGAGAGGAGCUCCGGGAGCAGGCUCAGUUUUCCCCGGGACGCACCGCAGCUUCCCCGGCGUCAUGACUCUGUACCACGGCCGUCUUCCGUCGCUCGGCGUAGCCUCCCCGGCUUUGAGCCUCUCCGGGCCGCCGCUCAUCUACUUGUACGGGGGAGACCGCGGACGGGUCGUGCCCACCUCUCUGAGCUUCGUGCCGGCGCGACAGGAGCCUCCGCAGAAGCCGCCCUACAGCUACAUCGCGCUCAUCGCCAUGGCCAUCAAGAGCGCGCCGGAGCAGCGCGCAACGCUCAGCGGCAUCUACCAGUUCAUCAUGGACCGCUUCCCCUUCUACCACGACAACAAGCAGGGCUGGCAGAACUCCAUCCGCCACAACCUGUCUCUGAAUGACUGCUUCAUCAAGGUGCCCCGGGAGAAGGGCCGGCCGGGCAAAGGCAGCUACUGGACGCUGGACACCAAGUGUCUGGAUAUGUUCGAAAACGGGAACUACCGCCGGAGGAAGAGGAAGGCGAAGAGCCAGCUGGAGGACUCGAAAGCCGCUGGGCACAAGCGCAGCAAGGGCCCGGGGUCAUCCAGGGACCCCCAAGACUCUCUGAAACACCAGGUUGGCUCGAGGAUAGAAGAAGCGCCAUCUGGAGAGAUAAAGGAGACGCAACCAGACACGAAGACUGUUCUGGUGGAGUUAAACCACGCGGAGCAGCCGCAGAAUCCCCCGAUGCAGAGACUCAAAGUGUCUCCCGGACAAGACUCCUCCGCGUCCGCCGGCAGGAGACUUGGAGCCCUGCACCCUGAGCCGUGGAUAUGGAUGGACGGCGCGCAUCCCCUUGACGCGCCCCUCCACCGGGAGCCCGAGGAGAGAAGGUCCGCGUUCAGUUCAAGAGAACGAGGUCCACUCAGCAGCAGCUGCGCGGGGAACACAAACUUGGCCUCGCCGGCGCAGGACAGGCCGAAGGGGAACGCUCCGAGCAGGGAUAAGUCGAAAGGUUUUAGCAUCGAGAGCCUGUUGUCGAAAAGCGAAGACGAGACGCGCAGCAGCGGCAGUGGCAGCGGCAGCAGCGGCGGCGGCGGCGGCAUCCUGGGGCUCCCGGCCGAGACAUGCGCACAGAGUCCAGCUUUCAGUUCGUCAGUGGUCCUCGGGGCUCGACAGCAUCCCCUGUACCAGAUGGGAUUCCCUCUCUGCUCCUACCUGUCACUCACCCACCCUGACAGAGUGCUGCAUUUUCAAUGAGCACAGCCCAGAGACACUUCAACGAGUUUUACGCACCGACGCGUAAAAGUGUAAAGUCUGUAAUCAUCUUUCCUGCGAGUCUGAGGCUCUAUUCAGGAUCUCCACCAUCUCCAUCAUCCACAUCUAUGUUCACACAGAGACAAACAGCGACAGGGAGGCGUGUGAGUCUAUCUUUACGCAUGCGUAAUUGCCAGGUUUGUGGUUAUAUUCACGUUAUACCCGAAAAACGUUUUGUUUCUCUUGUUGCUUCACACUGGACAAAAAAAGCUAAACGUUCACAGAGAUGCUUCCACUUUUCACUGUCAUGUGGGCAUUUAGUGAAAGCUCGUUUUUACGGGAUUCCCCACUUCCUUCAUGAUGGUGAAAGUAAAAUGAAGUCAUUUAGAGUCCAAACAUCCUGACAAUAAAGUUUUCUUUCCCUAUUAAGCCGCUGUUUGUUCCACUCUGCUCUGGAUUCCAGUUCAUUCUUUUUCCUCUUUUUCUUGGCAAAAUAAAAUUUAGUUUGGUAAUAAAAAA